AUGGAGUUCGAUCUCGACGACUUCAACGCGAUGCUCGCCGCGGGGAUGUUCGACGACGGGAUGGAGGGCGCGCGCGGCCGCGGCGACGGCGGGCGAGGAAACUUCGCGCCGUGGCGCGGACUGAACAACGCGCUCGACGGCGCGCACGGGAACGGCGGGGCGGAGGUUGGCGCGAUACGCGCGGCACGACGGGCGCGGCGCGAGCGCGAGGCGAGGGAGAAGGCUGAGCGCGCGAACCGCCCGCCGGAGGUGACGCACGUGGAUUUGGUCGGCGCGACGACGACGACGACGGCGUCGAAGAAGAAAAAUCUUCCGCCGGGUGGCGGCGGGAAUGGCGGCGCGGCGGCGGGCGGCGUCAUCGCGAUCGACCUGACGGACGGCGUAUCCCCGACGCCGUGCGGCGGCGACGGCGGGCCCACGGGAAGGUCCAGCGGGGUCGGACGGCGCGUCCGCGCGAGGAUGGAGGUGGCCGCGGAGAACGGCGGGUCGCAGACGACGGUGGAUCUAACGUGA